AUGGAGGGCUUCGAUACCAUGGCUAUGCCGCCUUAUCUGGCGAGUCCGCUAUCCCUCGGCAAUCUGCAGGGCACCGACUAUCUGAAUGCCAUGUCAGGCCUCGAUCUUCCCGACCACCGUUCCAACUUUGACUCUGAGACUUUUGUUAGUGGGGAUGAUCUUGCCUUCGCCCAAGGUGGACUUUCACGUUCCAAUGUUCCGCCCGCGUUGGAGCGCUUCUCCUCGGGAUACGAUGGGGACCCUUUCACCGACAUGGUUCCUUCGUUUGAUCCUAUCCCACCGGAGCAACCACAGGACGCUUCCAUCGAUCACAACAAUAAAUUGUUAAGCUUCUCACUUCCCGUCUAUCAUUUUACCUUGCUCGAUUACUCCAUGCGACGGACAUCUUUAUCCGUCUCUGCCCAGUUGCAUGGGAUGUUUUUUUUGGCCGAGUCACCCUAUACCACAUCGCCCUCCGACAAUGCCCCACCGCAGCAGGGAGCCGAGUUGACCUGCUACCGUCGUAAUCUAUUUCAAAUCACUGGCUCCGUCACCUUACCACGAGGCAUGCGCUACAUAAUGACAGAUAAUGGCGAUCGCAUCCCGAUAUUGGCCCAGGAACUCACCGUCUCGGCCACGGAAUCCGUCGAAGGGAAUCCCGUCAAGAUCAUCUCCGUGCCUUGGAAGACCCCCUCUGCCGCGGCAGCCAACGCUGGAAGUGCCAUCGAGGAUCACAAUAACGGGGCUGCCAAGGUUGAGAAAGAGCCUCAAGCGAUCCCACUGGAUAUCAUGGCGGGCCAGGAUCUAGAUACGGACUACGCCACCUUUCCCAUCGCUUGGAAACGUCUCCAAUUUCGGGUGGCUACGGCUAACAAUGGUCGCCGCAAGGAGUUGCAGCAACAUUUUGUCGUUAGACUCAAAGUAGUCGCAACCUUGUCCACUGGCGCCAAGAUCUCCAUCUCGGAGGUGCAGUCGGGCCCCGUUAUCGUUCGGGGUCGUAGUCCACGUAACUUCCAGUCCCGAAAGGACCUUCCUCUCAGUGGAAGCGCUGCGGCAUCACGAAAGAAUCAGGCCAACUCAGCGGCCCUCAACCGCACCCCAACCAGCGAGUCUGUACCCCGCCGGGCUAGUGUCACCCCAGCCAAGGCCAAGGCUCCAUCGACCACGGUCCAGAGCAGCUCCCCUGAGACCACCUCGGUUCCACCCCCCACGAUCAUGCAACAGCCCCAAGCCACCCCGGAUUGGACCCCGAUGCCCCAUGCCGUCUCUAACUCCGUAAUAUCCCAUCACCAGCCUCUCUUCCCUCAUUCCAGUCCCGAGCAACUUUCUCAGCUCGGUCAACAGCGCCGGGUCAGUGGUACAACCGCCACCGCCUCUGCCCCUAUCAACCUGUCUCUUUUAGACGAAGACGACGGAGGCGAUGCAGGUCUCCAGCUAGAUCAGAAGAUCAUGACCACCCCAUAUCCCAAUGACUUACCUCAACAACAACCUGGAGCUAUGGAUCAUACUGCGCCACCGGCCAAGAUGCGUAAGCUCUCUCAUAACAUCUCUCAGACCCCAUCUCGGAGUGUCACUUCAUCCGUCCCAUUGUUGGAGACGGCCAAUUUACCCCAACAAUUUGUGUCCUCACUGCCAUUUCCUAAUGAGGGCACCGAUUUUCUCUACGAAUACUUCCCACUGGGGUUGGAUGACUGGCAGGCACCCGUCGACGCCGUCUACCGCCCCCAUGUAGUACAUCAUACCAACAUGCCUGAAAUGAAGUUUGUGGCAUCCAGAGGUCGCAGCAAGCGUUAUUUUGCCGCCGAGGAUGUCUUCUAA